AUGAAUGGCAAACCAUGUACAUUUGAAGAAAUCAAUACAUUGUCAACAAGAAAAAGAACAGCUUCUGUUUGGGAAGAAGAAGACAAUGAAAAAAGUUGUAAACGUACUGAGCUAAUUAAUCAAGUCGAUAAUGACGAGGAUGAGGACCAAGAUAUCUAUGCUGACGACAUCAUACCCGAAAGUCCCAACUCUGCACUACCUUCACCCAUCUCGGAUAUAGAGCAAGAUUGGCCUGUAGAAACAAUGGAAGACACAUUUGAUGCUUUACCCGAGCAAAUACAGACUUAUGCCCUUUUUCAACUAUUGAAAAGAUCUCAUCGAAAUACACUCAAAGUGGUAAGGGACAGUAUUCUCGAUUGUACUCGGAAAGAUAUUCUCUUGUCGGUGCCUAUCAAGAUUGCACAUCUCAUACUUUCCUUUCUCGAUAUACCUUCACUCUGUCGGGCCUCUGGCGUGAGCCAUGGAUGGAGAGAGCUCAUUGAUAAUUCAACAGAGACCUGGCGAUUGAAAAUGAUCGAGAACAACUUUACUCCGUCUCUAAAAGAGGAAUAUUGUAUCCUUCACUCUGUCACCAACCCUUACAAGGCCAUCGUCCGUCGACAUACGAUCAUGCGACGUAACUGGACACAGAAUAAACACCGCAAGCUGCUACUACAGGGCCAUGAAGGUCGUCUGAUUACUUGCUUGCAAUUCGACGAUGAAAAGAUCAUUACUGGAUUUGCCGACAGCCACAGAAUUCAUUUGUACGACAUCAACACGGGCCAACUAAAAAAUGUUAUGGAGGGGCAUGAAGGCGAUGUUUGGGCAUUAGAGUACGUCGGCAACACACUUGUUACAGGAUCCAUUGACCGCACUGUACGUGUGUGGGACAUCAAGCGGGGCCUCUGUCGCUUUGUCCUUCGCGGACAUACCAGUACCGUUCGCUGUCUAAAGAUUGUUAUGCCUACCAUGAUAGACAAUCGGCUACAACCAAGUGAGCCACUCAUCAUCAGCGGCUCCAGAGAUAUGACCAUCCGUGUUUGGAAAUUACCCAACUUGAACGAUCUACCUCUUCCUCUUUUUGAUGCAGUCGAAGAUGACUUUAUCUCGAGGAGGUAUUUAAAAUAUACUCUAAAAGAACAUGAAAACGCUGUACGAGAUAUCGCUGUUCACGGUAAUACAUUAGUCAGUGGCGGCUACGAUUAUAUGGUCAUUGUCUGGGAUCUAGUCACAGGUCGAUCAAAGCAUAUACUCAAAGGACACACAAUGAAAGUUUAUUGUGUGGCUAUCGAUCCUAAACGAAAGCACUGUAUUAGCGGAAGUAUGGACUUUACAGUAAGAAUAUGGGGAUUAGACGAUGGAGAGUGUAAAUUUGUGCUACAAGGCCACGCUGUCUUGGUCGGACUGAUCGGUUUAGUGGACGAUUGCUUAGUCAGUGCUGCCGCUGAUCACACCCUCAGGACGUGGGACCCUGCCACAGGUGAUCGUCGCCGUAUCUUUGCCGGUCACCGAGGGCCGAUCACCGCAUUUCAACAUGACCAGUACAAAAUCAUAUCAGGGUCAGAAGGUGCCGUCAAGAUGUGGAAUACACAGACAGGCGAACUCAUGCAUGAUUUAAUACAAGACGUGCAAAGUGUUUGGCGCAUCUCAUUUAACGAAAGAAGAUGUAUUGCUGCUGUCAAAAAGUAA